AUGUUGUUCCCGCGAUGCCGUCCAGGGCCUGUGCGAGGGGUGCCGGCCUACCUGCUGGUCCUGAUCUUCUUCAUCGCCGCCGUCUAUCCGUCCUUCUUCCUCUACCGACACUACGACGACUACGUGUACAAGCCGGAGAUCCGACCUCUGUCGACGCAGCAGGAUGUCGAGCAAGUCUUUACGCCGACCGAGCAGGAGAUGGCGUGCCUCCAAGGGAAGCCAUUUCCGCCAGAUGGCAGGCACAGAUUCGGGCUGAGCUUGGCAUCAAAGAGCGACCCGAUCCCCUCCAUCGUUCACUUCAUCUUUCUGCAGAGGCUGCCGCUCGCCGAGGACGGGCAGGGAGACUUUGACUUUCUCAACUACCUGUCCGUGCGCAGUGCGUUGAUGUCCCUCAAGCCGAAGAAGAUUAUCCUCCACUACGCGUACACGUCGUCGGAUCCGUCCCUGCUCGAGUCUCUCGAGGGCGACCCUUUGAUCGAAAACAACCAAUGGAUCAAAAGGCUUAAGCCGCACCUCGAGUUUGACAAGAUCACCUCGGCCCUAGACAACCACCUCGUCCACGCCGCGCACCUAGCCGACACUCUGCGCCUCGAGAUCAUCCUCUCGCAAGGCGGCAUCUACCUCGACACCGACGUCUUCAUCCUGCGGCCCUUCACCAAGCUCCUCGCCUCCCCGUCGCCGCACGACCUCGUGCUCGGCCACGAGGGCGGCAACCGAUGGGGCCUCUGCAACGCCAUCAUCGCGGCGCGGCCCAACAGCACGUUCGUGCGGCGCUGGCUCGACACGUACAAGGGCGCGGACCUCAACCAGGAGUGGAACUACCACAGCGUGCUGCUGCCCAAGGAGAUGUCGGGCAAGCACCCGGACGAGAUAUGCACACUGCCGCCCGACGCCUUUUUCUGGCCGACGUGGACCGACGACCACGUGCGGUGGAUGCACGAGAAGAUUGAGAGGACCGAGGCGCGGCACUGGGAGAAUAAGAUCUGGAGGACGGGGGGGAGCCUGUUUGACAAUCAGCUGGCGUAUCAUGCGUGGAACCACGUCUCCAAGGAUGGGUAUCUGGAGAGGCUGACGCCGCAGGUGAUACGGGGAGAGGACACGCGGUUCAAUCUGUUGAUGCGGCGGUUCCUGGAGGCCGAUCUGUAG